AUGCUUUCUUUCAACACCGCCACCGUGCUCGUUUUGGCCGCUGCUCUUCCAUUCGCUGCUGCUGCCCCACCUGCAUGUCUCCUUGCUUGUGUUUCCCAGGUUCAAAAGAACUCUCAAUGUUCUUCUAUGAACGACUUGUCUUGUCUUUGCUCCAGCCAAAGCAGUGCCAUGCAAAAGUGUUUGAGUAGCAUUUGUCCUAGCGGAGAUGCUUCUUCUGCCCAGAGCGCAUUCAAGUCCCAGUGUGGCUCCAACUUCUCUUCUGGUUCUGCUUCCAGCUCUGGUUCUAGUUCUGCUUCCAGCUCUGCUUCUUCCAGCUCUUCUGCUGCUUCUUCCAGCUCUUCUGCUGCUUCGUCCAGCUCUGCUGCUGCUUCUUCUUCUUCUUCAGCUUCUUCCUCCGCUGCUGCCUCUUCGUCUGCUGCUUCCAGCUCCGCAGCUGCUUCCUCUUCUGCUCCAGCCUCUAGCUCUGCUGCUCCAUCCUCUUCUGCCGCUCCUUCCUCUUCGGCAGCUCCAUCCUCUUCUGCUCCAGCCAUUACUUCUGCUGCCAGCAGCUCGACCGUCGUUUCGUCCCGUAGCGCUUCUUCCGCUUCGUCUUCCUCCGCCGCUCCUUCCAUUACUCACACUGCUGGUGCCAACCAAUUGGGUGUGGGUGCCGCAUUCGCUGCCGGUGUCAUCGCUUUGUUGUAG